CAAAAAAAAUUUCUUAGGAUAAAAAUUUAAAAAAAUGGUCAUCAUGGAUGUUCAACGUGCAAUUCCAUCAAUACCUGAAUUUUAUCGGAAUCAAUCUAUUUUUAUUACGGGUGCUAAUGGGUUCAUGGGUAAAGUGCUGGUUGAAAAAUUACUACGAUCAUGUCCAGACUUAGAAAAAAUUUAUAUUUUACUAAGAGAAAAAAGAGGGAGAGAUAUACAAACCCGUUUCAAUGCGAUGGUUAAUAUUCCUCUAUUUGACCGCGUUAAAAAAGAAAAACCAGGAAUAUGUGAAGAGAAAUUAGUAAUUAUAAAUGGAAAUGUAAAAGAAUUGAAUUUGGGAUUGUCUGACGAAGACAAACAAUUACUUGAAGAAAAAGUUUCAAUCAUUUUUCAUGCGGCUGCUUCCGUUCGAUUCGAUGACCCCUUAAAAGAUGCAGUUUUACUGAAUACCAGAGGAACACGAGAAUUAAUGAAAAUGGCUUUAAAUAUGAAAAAACUAAAAGUUUUAUUACAUGUAUCAACAACAUAUUGUAAUACAGACAAGAAAGAUGUUCAUGAAAUUGUGUAUCCACCACAUGCAGACUGGAAGAAAACAAUUGAAAUAGCAGAAAAUUAUAACGAUGAAGUAUUACAAAUGCUUACACUUUCAUACAUAAACCCAUUACCUAACACGUAUACGUUUGCUAAAUCGUUAGCCGAACAUGUAGUCAAUGAUAUGAGUAAAGGAGUAAUACCAGCAGUUAUAUUCAGACCCUCCAUUGUUAUAUCAUCUGCUCAUGAACCAGUCAAAGGUUGGAUUGAUAAUUUUAAUGGUCCAAUUGGUUUGCUAGCUGCCUGUGCAAAAGGUAUUUUAAGAACUACUUGCUCAGAUCGCAACAUCAUUUCUGAUUUUAUCCCCGUAGAUAUUGCUAUAAAAGCUAUGGUUGCUGCUGCAUGGAAAAAGGGAACUGAAUCGGAAGAUAAACAAAAAGAAAUCACUGUUAUCAACAGCAGCAAUAUUCACAACAGUACAAUUAAAGCAAUGACACUUGAUGACGUUACACAAACAGGAAAGAAUUUAGCUCAUGAAACACCGCUCAACAAUAUGUUAUGGGUUCCUGAUGGAACCAUAACCAAGUGUAGAGUUUACAAUUUCAUAAGGGUGAUUACACUUCAUAUAAUUCCCGCUAUAUUCAUUGAUAUGCUGUUAAGAUUAGCCGGCCAUAAUUUUAGUUUGCUAAAAAUACAAAGAAAAAUUUAUGUAGCAAAUAUGGCUUUGCAUUACUUUAUAACAAAUCAAUGGCAUUUUCGUAACAACAAUUUUAUGGACUUACAAAGUAAAAUAUUAGACUGCGAUUUAAAAGAUUGGGAUUAUGAUUUUACAACUGAAAAUCUUCAAAAAUAUAUGUUUUAUUGUUUAAUUGGUGUCAAACAAUUUUUAUUGAAAGAAGAUUUAUCAACUUUACCAACUGCUAGAAUACACUUUAGAAGGAUGAUGUGGUUGGAUCGCUUUGUACGAGUUGCAUUUACGGGAUUCAUCAUUUAUCUAUAUUUCCAUUUCGGCGUUAGUGAAUUAUUAAUUAAUGUACUUCGGACAUUUGGAAAUUAUUUUACAAACAUUACAGAUAUUUAAACAAAUU